ACGUGCUCUGCCGACAUGUCAACCCCGAUUUCCGUUUUGGUCAUUGGCGAUCUCAUCCUCGAUCAGUUCAUCCGCGGUACUGUCUCGCGUAUCUCCCCUGAAGCUCCGGUUCCAAUAGUGAACCAAAGCAGCGUCGAAUCCUUCCCUGGCGGGGCAGCGAAUGUCGCUCGCAAUUUGGUAGCGCUCGAGGUGAGGGUGGUGUUGAUGGGGUGUGUGGGCGACGACUAUGAGGGAAGAAAGCUUCUCUCUCUACUCUCUGAUUGUGGGGUGGAUAUCGAUUCUGUCCAAACUGUUCGGGAUCGACCAACCUCGCAUAAGUUGAGGAUUAUUGGCGACGGGCAGCAUGUUGUCCGCGUUGAUCGAGAGGUUGUAAAGCCAUUACAGGAUCAGAACAAGACUCUGGAAGCUAUCAGCCGGCACUUGCCUACCGUUCAGGGUGUCAUCUGCUCAGAUUAUAACAAAGGGUUUCUCUCCCCGGCGGUUUUGAUAGGCACCAUCAACGAGGCAUCAGCAUUGGACAAGCCGGUCAUCAUCGAUCCCAGAGGCAGCGAUUACACCCGAUAUACUCGGGCAACUGUUCUCACGCCGAAUAUCAAAGAGCUUCAGAUCGCUUCGCGCCGAGGGAUAGACACCCCCCUGGUACUUGAUUUGGCUGCGGAAGAGAUAUUGAAAAUGACACAAGUCGACGCACUUCUGGUCACCUGUGGUGCAGAUGGAGUGGUUCUAUAUACCCCCGACAGGAAAACAGCUAUCCCUGGCACGAAUCAGACUGUAGUCGAUGCCAGUGGAGCGGGUGAUAGUCUGCUAGCAGCCUUCACGUGGAGCUAUCUUUCUAGUCAGUCCCUUAUACAAGCAGCUGAGAUUGGCAACCGGGCUGGGGACAUCUCAGUAACCAAACAGGGCACCAGCGCCGUCACUCGAGACGAGCUACUCCCAGUGGCAGGAGAAAGCUCGAUCACAUCACCCAAGAUCCUCGAUCUCAAAACUGCCCUGAAUCAUGCAAUGGUAGCACGAAAGAUGAACAAACGCAUCGUCUUCACAGACGGCUGCUUUGACCUUCUCCACGGAGGCCAUAUGGAGUAUCUCCGAAAGGCCCGUGCUUUGGGAGAUGUAUUAAUUGUCGGCCUUAAUUCCGAUUCUUCAGUCAGACAGUUCAAAGGGGAGAUGCGGCCAAUUGUGCCUGAAGGGCAGCGGGCUCAGCUUCUUGCAGGGCUGAGCUGUGUUGACGUAGUCGUUCUGUUUGAAGACUCUACUCCAAUUAGAGUCAUUGAAGCCCUGAAACCAGAUGUGCUUGUCAAAGGAGGAGAUUAUCAAGUUCAUCAAGUCGUGGGGCGUGAGGUGGUCGAAAGCAUUGGAGGACGUGUGGAAAUCAUCCCUUUGAAAGAGGGACUGUCGACCACUGCGUUGAUUGAAGAGAUUGUAAGACGGCAUAAGAUGGCUGGAAAUUGACUUGGCUGUUGAAUCACACAAUACUUAGAGUGACGUGAAUUAUAGGUAAGGCCGAAUAUCUGGAUCCUGUGCAACUACGCAGAACAAAGCAUAAUAUAUAUGUACUAUUAGAAUUAAAGUAGCGUGGGAGGUGCAAGACUCACUUGUCAUCCUAAAGUGAACUGCUACUGUUUAGAUUACAUCUAUAGCGAACGAUACUAUGGAUAGAUAAUAACUAUUUCUGAG